AUGCUAUCAAAUGUAAACAAUAAAGAAGAAGCCAUUGAAAAUAAUCCGGCAUUAGUUCAUCAUAUUUAUGGAUAUUUUCAACAAGCAUAUCCUCGUGAAGAUUCAAGUAGAAUGAUCGAUUUUAAAAAAUCCCAACGUGUAGAAAUAUUUAAAUCAAAUUUAAAAUAUGUUAUUCGACAUAAUGCAGAUCCUUCAACAACAUUUAAAUUAAAAGUAAAUAAAUUUAGUGAUUGGACUGAUGAAGAAAGAGAUAGAUUACGUUCAAAACUAUAUAUUGAAUCACUUAAUCAUGAUCAGCCAAUAGAAUCACGUGGUGACACAGUUCCACCAGAAUAUGAUUGGACUAAUCAAACACGCGUUCCAGGUGCGGUCACGCCCAUUAAAAAUCAACAUCAUUGUGGUUCAUGUUAUGCUUUUGGUUUUGUUGGAGCUUUAGAAAAAACAUAUGCUGAAAUUUAUAAAGAAUCUGGUCCAUUAAGUCCACAACAUAUAAUUGAUUGUUCAGGUCAAGGUGGUUGUGAUGGAGGAAGUUUUUUUGCAUCAUUUUCUUAUCUUGAAGGAAAUCAAUAUAAGUUGAAUUUAGAAAAAGAUUAUCCACAACCAACUGACGCAGCACAAAAACAAAAAUGUCAAAAGUCCGGUGGAGUAAGUCUUUCACCUAAUUCAACACGUAAACUUCGAUAUGAACAAAUACCAAAUGGAAAUGAGGAAUAUAUGAAAAAAAUUGUUUAUGAACGAGGUCCAGUUUAUGUUUCUUUCGAUUGUGGAGAACGCACAGGUAAUGAUACUAUUCUACGAGAAGUAUCGCAAAAAUGGGAUCAUUAUGCAUCUGGUAUUUUUGAUGUACCUGGCUGUCCAGAAUAUAGAAAUCUGAAUCAUGCACCUGUUGUUGUUGGUUAUGGUACUGAAAAUGGUACUGAUUAUUGGAAAGUUAAAAAUUCAUGGGGAGAAGAUUGGGGUGAGAAUGGUUAUGUCAAAGUUAGACGAAAUAAGAACAUGUGUGGAAUUGCUACUGCAAGUUAUUCUGCUGGAAUAUUUUAA